CUCCGCUGAGUCCGCCCGCGCGUCUCCGCCGUCGCCGCCGCCCCCCCAUCCCGGCCCCCCUCCCCCCGGGUUCCCUCAGCCCAGCUCGGUCCAGCCCGGUUCCCGGGAGGAUGAAGUUCGUAUACAAAGAGGAGCAUCCGUUCGAGAAGCGCCGCUCUGAGGGCGAGAAGAUCCGAAAGAAAUACCCAGACCGGGUCCCGGUGAUAGUAGAAAAGGCUCCUAAAGCUCGGAUAGGAGAUCUGGACAAAAAGAAAUACUUGGUGCCUUCUGAUCUCACAGUUGGUCAGUUCUACUUCUUGAUCCGGAAGCGAAUACAUCUCCGAGCUGAGGAUGCCUUGUUUUUCUUUGUCAACAAUGUCAUUCCACCCACUAGUGCCACUAUGGGUCAGCUAUACCAGGAACACCACGAAGAAGACUUCUUUCUAUACAUUGCCUACAGUGAUGAAAGUGUCUACGGUCUGUGAAGCUGCUGCCCCUGAGGUGGGGGGUCCCAUUCCACAAAGAGAGAGGUGGCACCCUUUUCUUGACCUCCACCUCCUUCAGGCUCAUACACACCACCUCCCUUCUUUGGGACCUGCACUUCUUAAUGUUUGAGGCUCUUUCUCCAGCCCCUCUUAGCAGGAGGGGUAAUGGUGGACAUGACCUCUUGUACCUCUCCUUUCUCCCCUUUCCCCACCUUUCUUUGUCCUCCAUCCUGACUCCACUUUAGACUUCUUGAUUGUCAAUCUCUGUCACCUCCAGUGAUUGUUUUGGUUUCUGUUCCUUUCUAACUGCCCAGGGGGCUCAGAACCCCAACAAUCCCUUCCUUUCAUUACCUUCUUUUUGGGGGGUAGAUGGAAGGGCCUGAAAUUGUCGGGGGAAGGUAGGAGGCACAUCAAUAAAGAGGAAACCACCAAGCUGAACUGAA